AUAUAUAUAUAUAUAUAUAUAGACGGAGUUUAUAUUGUUAUCAUUAGACAAAUGUCGGAUAAUUAACUUUGAAUUUAUUCAUUUUACCCAUACAAUCGUGAUUUGUAUAUUUUCUUUGGUGUAGAAUUUUGAACAUGGAUUAAAUAAAGGGACUUUUAUUUUGCCUCUUGGAUCCUGCCGUGCAGUGACGUCAUAAGAGUUGCGCUCGCUGCAGCUCGUCGGUCGAUUGAGGCGUUUGUGUCAGGUAAAAUAAAACGAUACAAACAUUUUUAAAUGUUUUUUUUUUUUAAGAAUUGUCUCCAGCAACUUAAAUACAAACUAAUAUUAGAGUAUUGAAAUACUUUAUUGUAAAGUAGCGAGAGUUGUUUCACUAGAGCCACGAUACAAGGCAAUAAACAAAGAAAUGUACUUCACUUUUCAAGCCAUUCAGGUCUAAUGGCAAUGAAAGUGAAUGGCCAACAACAAAAUAAGAUGGAGGAUGAACAUCAGCACCACAAUUUCAUAAUAAAUCAAGAAAAGUGCUCACAGACGGAUGAGGAUUCACAUGAAGAAAGAGCAGAAGCCAAAAUCUCUUUAGCAUGUCAUCUUAAUGGUGAGACUCUUUCACAAAAAGGACAUGUAAAUGUUGACAUAAAGACUCACACAGGAGAAAUGCAAAACUCCUAUCUUCAAUGCGAAAAGACUUUUACAAGUAAAAGCCACCCUGAGGAUCAUUUAUUAAAUCGCACUGGUGAGAGGACUUUCGCGUGCCCUCAGUGUGAAAAGACUUACAAAUUUAAAGGAGAUCUUAAGAAACAUUUAAUAAUUCACAGAGAUAAGGGGCCCUUCGCUUGCCCAAAAUGUCGAAAGAUCUGCAGACUAAAAAAUCACCUUGAGAAACAUUUAUUAAGUCACACUGGUGAGAGACCCUUUGCAUGCCCUCGGUGUGAUAAGAGUUUUGAACGAAAAAGGAAUCUUAAUGUUCACUUAAAGACUCAUACUGGAGAAAACCCUGUCAUAUGCCCUCAGUGUGGUAAGUGUUUUAAACUACAAAAAAGACUUUCUGAUCAUGUAAAGAUUCACUCUACUGAAAGGCCACAUGCCUGUCCUCAUUGUGGAAAGACGUUCAAACAUAAAAGGAACCUUAGGUCUCAUUUAGUGAUUCACACCGGUGAGAAGACCUUCACCUGCCCUCAGUGUGAUAAAGGUUUUUUACGAAGUAGUAGUCUUUAUGUUCACUUACAGACUCACACUGGAGAAAGACCUUUCACAUGCCCUCAGUGUGAUAAGUCUUUUCUACGCAAAAUACAUUUUAAUCUUCACAUGAGGACUCAUACUGGAGAAAGGCCCUACAGCUGCCCUCAGUGUGGAAAGACCUUCAGACAAAAAAGGCACCUUAAGGAUCAUUUAGUUACUCACACUGUUGAAUGGCCCUUCAUCUGCCCUCGGUGUGAUAAGUGUUUUCAACUAAAAAGUAGACUUAAUGUUCACUUAAAGACUCACACUGGAGAAAGACCUUUCACAUGCCCUCAGUGUGAAAAAGUUUUUUUACACAAAAGUAGUCUUAAUGUUCACUUAAAGACUCACGCUGGAGAAGAGACAAACACAUGUGAAACGUCCCUGAAAGAACAUAAAAUAAGUAACAGUGACCACAAGCCUUUCUCUUGCCCUCAAUGUGGAAAACGUUUUACACAAAAGAGAACCCUUAAUAAUCACAUGAGGAUUCACAGUGGUUAUAGGCCUUACACCUGUCCUCAUUGUGGAAAGAGUUCGACAACAAAAACAAAUUUAGAGACUCACAUACGCAUUCACACUGGAGAGAAACCUUUCAGGUGCCCUCAGUGUGACAAGAGUUUUACACAUCAAGGAGCUCUUAAAUAUCACAUACGAAUUCAUACAGGUGAGAAGCCUUACUCAUGCCAUCUAUGUGAUAAGAGCUUUUGCCAAAAAGCAAAUCUUAACCGUCACAUACGAGUUCAUACUGGUGAGAAGCCUUUCUUGUGCCAUCUGUGUGAUAAGCGUUACACAAAGGCACGAAGUCUCAAAAAGCAUCUGCUGUCUGACCAUUCUGUAGAAAACCCCUAAAAGUGUUCACAUUGUGUAAAGAGUUUUAUUGAGUCUGUGACGCUGAUCAAACACAAGUGACUGUAUACUGGAGAGAAGCUGCACCGCUGUCAUUCAUGUUGGAGAAGUUUCAGACGAUCACACAGCUGCAGAU